AUGGAGACCUCUGAACCGGACCCAUCCUGCCGGCUGAACGGGGUGUUGGGCGUCCUGUACGGGGAGUUCACCGACGCGCUCAACGACCGGGUCCGGUACUCGGUCACCCUGACGCGGAGCGCCCUGACCGUCCAGAGGAUCUCCGCGUCUCCCGGCCGCGCCAAGGCGGUGUUCAACCUGACGGACUGCGUCGGAUGCCGGGCGCAGGGAGGGCCGGGCGGCGGGGACGUCGGAGCCUACUUCACCGCCUACUUCUACCCGUUCCGGAGGCGCUGGAUGAGCGCCGGAGUGGCCCGGCAGAGACUGGAGCAGCGCUUUCGGGUCGCGCUGGUCCAGGACCCGCUCGCAAACCUCCAGGAGGCGGAGAGGUGGGCUCGGGCCAUCAGGGACGCCUCCGAGCUGCAGGCGCCCCGCAGAGAAGGUGUGGUGUACACGGAGGUGCGUCGGCCCUGCAGGGUCAUGAUCCUGGUGAACCCUCACAGCGGCCGUGGUCAGGCCCUCCAGCUCUUUACGGGGUCCGUGCAGGGCAUGCUCACCGAGGCCGCCGUCCCGUACACGCUCGUCAUCACAGAGCACCAGAACCAUGCACGGGAGCUGGUGAGGAAGGCGGACCUGUCGCAGUGGGACGCUCUGGUUAUCAUGUCUGGAGACGGGCUGCUGUUUGAGGUGAUAAACGGUCUAAUGGAGCGAGAAGACUGGCAGGAGGCCAUCCAGACCCCUCUGGGUAUUCUACCAGGGGGCUCAGGCAACGCCCUGGCUGCCUCUGUCCACCACUACUCACAGUCGCCUCCAGCGUGGAACGAGGAGCUUUUAUUGAGCUGCGGCUUCAUGCUGUGCAAAGGUCUGGUGGGCUCCAUGGACCUGGUGUCCAUCCACCUGGCCUCUCGGCAGCGCCUCUUCUCCUUCCUCUCUCUGGCCUGGGGCUUCGUGGCCGACGUCGACGUGGAGAGUGAGAAGUACCGCCACGUUGGAGCGAUCCGCUUCCUGAUGGGAACCCUGGUGCGCCUGGCGUCACUCAGAGUCUACCAGGGCAGGUUAGCGUACCUGCCUGUUACGGAGGCGCCAAAGCUUCCCAAAGGGAGCAUCAGGGCUCAUCACCCUCCCUCCACACCUCAGCGGUCCUCACUCUGCUCCUCCCUCCCUUGCCAGCUCAUACCCAACACCUCCCCAAAUCAGAACUCUCGCCACAAUCACAACAGCACAAAUUCCAACCGCAACACCAUCACCAACUCCUCCAAUAACGCUUUCACAACCAAGAUACCCGAGACUCAGUGUGAAGGCAAAACCAGAGGACAGGAGGACUCCCUGCUUCCCGGGCUGGACCAGCCGGUCCCAGAGAGCUGGACCGUGGUCAGGGAGGAGGACUUUGUCUUGGUGCUGGCUAUCUACCAGUCCCACCUGGCUGAGGACUUGUGGACGGUCCCGGGCGCGAUGGCAGACGACGGGGUGAUCCAUCUGUUCUACGUGACGGCUGGAAUCUCCCGUCCGGCGCUGCUCCGCCUUUUCCUCGCCAUGGAGAAGGGCGGCCACCUGGCGUGCGGCUGCCCCCACCUGGUGUACGAGAAGGUGAAGGCGCUGAGGCUGGAGCCGGUCUCUCCACAGGGCAUGAUCACCGUGGACGGGGAGAUGGUGGAGUACGGGCCCGUUCAGGCUCAAAUCCACCCGGGACUGGCCAGACUCAUUUGUGGAUAA